AUACAAAGUUUUCUGUUUAUGUUCUCAUCUUAACCUCUCUGUUGUUUAGGAGUUGUAUGUUUUUUUUAGAGUCCUCCGUGUUCGUUUUUAAUUCAAUUAACCGAUAAUGUUGAAUGAAUAUUGCAUUGGAGUUGUGGGCGCGAGAAAUGAAAGGAAUCCUCAAUUGGGCACCUCAAUCACACACGAGAGAAUUAAGUACGAACUGUUAAUGAACUUGAAUGUUGCGAGACUGAUAUCAGAUGUUCGAUGUUCGCCGGAGUUUUGUUUUAAGCAAAUUACGUUCCAUUACGACGCUGACAAUGUCUAUUUGGGCUUGUUCUUUCAACCCUGGCUAAGUAAAAAACAAGCCAAAAACAUUCGCUCGAAGUAUCGAAUCAUCCAGAGUUUUUUCGAUAUAAAUGUGUCUAAUGAAAUGAUAAUCGAUGAUCCACAAGAGCUGGAAGAAGAAGGAGAGGAAAACGCAGAAGAAUCUACCACAAAUACUAACUCGGUGCCAUCGGUGUCAGAAUUAUAUUCGAUGUUAAGCGAUGCACAUGCAAAUGACAAUGAGCAACUGACUGAACAGGCAAUACUGCCGGAAUGUUUCGUGCCAGAGUUGCGAUCAUAUCAGUCGAAAGCGCUACAAUGGAUGCUACGGCGUGAAAAAAUAACAAAGUAUUCAUUGCCAGAGUUCGUGCCGGUAACAUGUCCUUCCAUUCCGAACAUGACGUUUUAUUACAAUUACCGUACCGUUGAGUUGAUGGACUGUGAUCCGGGAGGUCUAAAAAUUCCCACCGGUGGGAUACUUGCUGAUGAAAUGGGUCUUGGUAAAACUGUGGAAAUGCUGGCUCUAAUACUCACCAACCCAAAUCGGAACUGGGCAAGAACGGGCUUUAAUAAUCAGGAAGCGGAAUUACAUCAAAAACUUAAGAAAAAUGAGAUCCUAAAAUGCGUCUGCACUAAUGGUAGUACAAGAAAAACGGUUCAGUGUCCACUGUGUUUGUAUUUUCAACACGAGGUGUGCGUUGCCAAAUAUUCAGCGAGACCGAUUGUGAAUUACGUUUGCCCAGAAUGUUGGAAGCUCGAACCAUUGACCCAUUCGCCUUCAACAUUCAUAGUUUCCCCGCCGUCAAUUAAGAUGCAAUGGCAAGAUGAAAUUCAGAAGCACAUAGGCGAUACAAAUUUUAGGGUACUCAUCUAUAACGGCAUCAAGCAGAGUGGUUGGAUUAGUCCAGAUGAUUUGAAAACGUACGACGUUGUGCUGACGGAUUACAAUAUAAUGAAGUCGGAAAUUUACUACUCAGAAUCAAACAAGCGGGAAACCGUCAUGCCAACAGAACGGAAAUAUAUCAUUCCGACAUCGCCAUUGACCAUGAUUCAUUGGUGGCGUGUUGUACUGGAUGAAGCGCAGAUGGUUGAGACGCCGAAAAACAAUUGCUCUAAAAUGGUCAAGUCAUUACCGGCUGUUCAUCGCUGGGCAGUAACUGGAACACCAAUCGAAAAGUCCAUUGAUAAUUUGUACGGAUUGUUGUACUUUCUGGACUACGAACCAUUCACUGAUUUCAACGUUUGGAAGACUCUGUCGCUGUCGUUUAGUCAAGGCGAUGUCGAACAACUGAUCAACAAGUGCUUGAAAAAUGUUAUGUGGCGCACCUGUAAAAUCAAUGUUUGGGAAGAAAUUGGUCUACCACCUCAAACGGAAAUCGUACACAGUGUCACCAUGUGCGAUACGCAAGCAUUUUUCUAUGCCGAUCAGCAUAACCAGUGUGCAAAUGCAUUUUUCGAAAAAGCGCAAAAAUUGGGCAAAUCUUUGUCCAUGUUUAAGAUGAAUCCAAAAACGCUAAAAUUGAUUAUGACCCCACUACUCAAACUACGACAAGAUUGCACUGUGCCGACAGUUUUCCAGAGAAAAUCCAGACAAGAACCAGGCGUCAAGAAAGUGCUUACUCCCGAUGAGCUACUGAAACAUAUGACGAAUACCAACGAAAUCAAUUGUAAGGAACGAUUGAGAAUGAUCACAUCGUGUCUGAACGGUUUAGCGGCGCUGCACAUCAUAAAAGACGAAUUUGAUUUAGCCAGGAAAAUGUAUGAGAGUGUCCUUCGCUGGGCGAAAGAUUAUACGGAAACAAUUUGUGUCGAUUCUCUGCUACAAGUGCAUGCCCUGUAUAAUUUACUCGAAAUCAAUGAAGUGGAAAAUGUUUCGACUGAGAAAGUCGAUGAGUACACUAAAGAACUUGAAAGAUUGGAGAAAAAGUAUUUGGAAAACUCAAAAAAUCUGGUGCAAGCCGAACGGGACCAUCAACAAAAAGUAGAAACUGAAAUCAUCGCCCUAACGAACAAGGCAUGGGACAGCAAAUUCAAUUGGUGGACUGAGUUUUUGCAGGGCUUUAAUGGCAAAUUCGAACAACAAUUGAUGGACCGAAUUUUCAAUGAUCUUCGUAAUUACCAAAAUGCAUGCAUCGAAAGUGUCUCGUCGACGCACGGAAUAAUGUAUGUAGUGGGAACAUGGUUGGACAAAAUUGAAAAAGAAAGAAAGGAAGUCCAGAAAUGGUUUAAGAAACUUGAAUUCUUUUCUGCCAAUUUGAAACCACGAAGUGGUCUUGACCCUGAUAAUCUUCGACAGGUUGAUUUCUUGGUUAAGUCAGCCUUUGAGUGUCAUUUAAACAAGGAAGAAGAGGGCGAAACGAAAGCACCCAAACCGAAAAAGUCAUCACCUUGUCUAUUGUGUCAAGUGAAACAAGUCCUUCUAAAGUACGAAUGUCUAAUUUUCUCUAAGACAUUCGUCGAUGACGCCAAAGAAAAUGUUGGAAACUGGAAUCCAUCUUAUCAGGAAACUAUGUUACGUGUAAUUUAUUCGUUUGCCAAGCGAGACUCUAAUGAAACCAUUGUUAACGAUGGUGAAUUGCAUUUGCAAGUGAUUGAAUUGAUCAAAGAUGAAUACAAGAAAUACAGCCAGUAUUGGGUUGAAAUCAACCAUUCAGCAGCCGCAUACGAUGAACUAAAAAUGUGCAAAUCCCGCAUGCAGAUCUAUGAUCCCGAUCUCGAAGACGAACCCACAAAAUCGAAACUGAAAGUGUCCAAGUAUGAGGUACAUGACACCUUCAUAGAAUUAAGACAAGAUAAGGAAAUCGCCGAAUUAGACUUCAUUCGAAUCCAAGGAGUGUUGAAAUACCUGAAACAUUUGCAAAACAAGGAAGAACCUGACGCAUGUCCUAUAUGCAAAGAGAUUCCGACAACGAAGUACUGUGUCCUGCAGUGUGGUCAUCACAUUUGCGACGAUUGCUUCUUGCGCAACAAUCAAAUCAACAGGAAUGUUUCUUACAAAUGUUGCAUCUGUCGUCAUCAACAGAAAGUGAGCGAAAUUCACUUCGUCACCUGUAAACGAAAGGACCAGACCACCGAUGAAUCGAUUGUUAUUGUCGGACAUUAUUCUCAAAAAAUCCAAGAAAUUGUCCGGACAACGCUAAAAUUGCGGAAUGAAGAUUCCAACGUAAAAAUUAUCAUUUUCUCUCAUUGGGAGACGAUACUGAAUGUUGUGGCAUCAGCACUGGCUGAGAACAGCAUUGAAUUUAGAACUAAGUCAACAAAUUUCCACAAAAGUAUUAAUGAGUUCAAGAAAGACCUCAAGGUCACGUGUCUACUGUUGCCGCUGAUGUGCGGUUCGAAAGGACUGAAUUUGAUCGAGGCCACACACGUUUUUUUGGUAGAGCCAAUUCUCAAUCCAGCCGAAGAGUUUCAAGCAAUUAAUCGAAUCCAUCGCAUAGGGCAAACCAAACCUACGUUUGUCCAUCGAUUCAUUGUGCUCAACACCAUUGAGGAAACCAUUUUCAAUACAAUUUCCAAUGACAAGACCGGCAAAUGGAAAACAAAGGAAGUCACCGUCGACAACUUAAAAGAUCUCUUCACUUUAACUAAAAUAAAUUAGAUUUACGAUUUCAUAAUCCAAAUUUUAUUGUUGAUCGA